UCUUUUUGGAGGAAAGAGGCAAAACAACAUUGUAUCCCCCCACUGUAACCGGGCGGCUUUUUGGAUAUCCUGGGUGGGUGGCGGUGGCAAACUUUUGAACACGUAGACUAGAAAAAGAAAAAAAAACCGGAGUUCAGAAAACUCGGCGACAAUCCGGAUAUAAAUGUAUCCAAACUCCCGAAUGUUGCACUCAAACCUGUAGAGAGCUGGUUUUCUUUCUGUAGUCUGAAACAUGGACACCGGGUUGGUUCUGGAGCCGCAGCCGCAGCCGCAGCAGCAGCAGCCGGCGUCGGUCGGGUCGAUGGUCGUCGGAGCGGCUUUCCACUGCCGGGCGGGCCGCUCAGUGCUGCGCGACAGCCGGGUGGAGCACGGUGGCGGCCCCGUGCCGGUGUUUACGCGCGGGCCCGUUUUUUACCAAUGCCGAAUGGACGGCGGCGGCGGCGGCGGCGAGGAGAAGGAGAAGAAGGAGAAGAAGAAGAAAGAGGAGGUGAAAGGCGAGCGCACCUCCCCGCGAGGGAGCGGACGGAUCUCUCACUGCGUGGAAAAAACCGGCCUCGGGGACCACAGAGACGCGGGUUCCUCCGGGGUCUUGAAGAGGGCCAGUCCGACUCACUGCCCGGCCGUAAACGGCGUGCAGUCGCCGGUCGGCUUCGUGCACUUGGACAUCAGGAACCCAGGGAAGCAGGCGGAGCCGACCAACAACAACAACAACAACUUCAGGGCGGCACAACAGGGGCGGAUCGCACCGCCGACGGAGAGGCAACCCCUCCCUUCCUCCCACAUCCCCGUCCCCAGAAACAGGAAUCCUUCGGGUCACGCUGACAAAGAGGUGAUGGCCGCCACCGUCCUGACCUCGCUGUCCACGUCGCCUUUGGUGCUCAACCCUCCCUCCACAGUCCCGGAGCCGGCCAGCAGGGCAUGGAAAGAGGUGCUCUCAGCCAGCUACAGCAGCUCGACCAGCGGCAACUGGAGCUGGGACGCCAGCGACCAAUCGGUGCCCUCCACGCCGUCCCCGCCCCUCUCCAACGACGCCAGCAAGAACUUCCUGCUCUCGUCCCGGGGCGACGAUGUCAUCGAGGACGUCGCGGAGAGCCCCCACUUCAUGUUCGAGGACCCCAUACCUCGGAAGCGAAAGAACUCCAUGAAGGUGAUGUUCAAGUGCUUGUGGAAGAACUGUGAGCAGGUCCUCAGCACCUCCUCAGGGAUCCAGAGGCACGUCCGCACCGCCCACCUCGGGCGCAGCGGCGACUCCUCCGACUACAGCGACGGCGAGGAGGACUUCUACUACACGGAGAUCGAGGUGAACAUGGACAGCCUGACGGAGGGCCUGUCCAGCCUCACGCCCACCUCCCCCACCACCUGCUGCCCUCCGCCCGUCUUCCCGUCGCCGCUCGCCGCCGCCGCCGCCGCCGCCCCGCACUCCCAGCACAUCAACGUGAGCGGCGCCCAGUGCUCCCCCUCGCCGACGCUGCUCAGCCAAUCGGCUCCCUCCAUGCUCUACCACAUCCACACCGACCACGCCUACCAGGGGCCCGUGACUCAGGUCCGCACCGUCGGCAUCGGUGAAAAGCGUCAGCCGGCAGCCGACGCACACACUUCACUAACUCCGCCUCCUAAAUCAGCAGCAGGAACCAGGAAACCCCGCGGGGAUGCGAAGAAGUGCCGGAAGGUGUACGGCAUGGAGAAGAGGGAGCUGUGGUGCACCGCCUGUCGCUGGAAAAAGGCCUGUCAGAGAUUCACCGACUGAGCCGGCCAACACCUUUCCAGAGUCCGUGAGAUGAGGUCUUCCUCACUCGGAGCCACGGAUGAAGGUGGACUCUUCCGCACAGGGGGGAGGGGGGGGAUGUGGGAGGGGCUUACUGCAGGUUGGGAGACUUUCUUUUUUUUGCCAAGGCUGAAACUCAUCUAAAUUGAAACUUCUUUUUAUUGACAGCCUUAGUUCAAGGCAAUGUUUAAGGACUUCAGAUAAGCUUUUUGUUAUAAUCUUCAUUAUAGGAGCAUCACGUAGUUACUGUUUAUGGGUUGAAUCAUUACUUUAAUUUUACACCAGAUAACACUUCUGUAGUAUAUCCGUUUUUCACUUUUCUCGCGUCACUGUCUUCUGCAGCCUUCCUGGAAACAAGUCGACCAACACAUUGUUCAAUAACUACUUCCUGUUCAUUAAGCAACUUCAGCACAGCCGGCUAACCUGGAGAUGGACAAAAAAAAAAAGUUUCCCCUCGACUUUGCCGAUUUUUAUUUGAUAAAAAAAAAAAAAGUUGUUCACGAUAUGAAUUAACUCUUGAGACGUACACCUUGAAGAAAUAAUUCGUCUUUUUUAGAGUCACUGAAGCCAGAGCGUACGUCUAAAUUUAUUUCUUACAGAGUUUUAAAUGUCGUUUUUGGGGUUCUUUGACCAGCUCUCUUAAAGGGAUGGUUUCCCACGAUGGAUACGCUCUCUUAAAGGGAUGGUUUCCCACGAUGGAUACGCUCUCUUAAAGGGAUGGUUUCCCACGAUGGAUACCCUCGAUGGAUACUCCCUCUUAAAGGGAUGGUUUCCCUCGAUGGAUACUCCCUCUUAAAGGGAUGGUUUCCCUCGAUGGAUACCCUCGAUGGAUACUCCCUCUUAAAGGGAUGGUUUCCCACGAUGGAUAACUGCCCUUUUCAUUUAUUUUUUUUGUUACGUUGAGCCUGGCGGAUGUCCAUCGGUGAAUAAUGUCGCUUGUACGAUGACUUUGUGAUUUAAAUCUGGCUUUUUAAUUAAUUUCUUUCUUUUUUCUUUUUUAAAUAGAGACGUUGCCGACGAAUUGCAGCGAUCGUAGAUGACGUCAUCUUAAACAAGACUUUUUACUGUUUUUAUUAGAAGUGUUUUUUUAGAAGUGUUUUUUUUUUUUUAAACAUCCUUCAGAAUCUUUCGCUUUGGAGAAACAAAGUGAUAAUUGAUCUAAAGUUUUAAACCUCUUUUUUUUUGUUUUUAGAAGUGGCCUAAAAUAAAAUGUCCAUGCUGCGUUUUCCAAACUUUAGAGGAAAGAUAGGUGCUAGAUUCUCUUUUUAAAUUUUUUUUUUUUUUUAGAUUGUUUAAAAAUUUGUAAUUUUUCUUAAUUCCCUGUAUUUUUAAAAAGGGCAAUAUUUUCCCAAUCUCUAAAAAUGUUAAAGCCCAUUCAUGACCUUUUUGUUUUUCUACGAAUUAUCAAAGAUGUACAACAAUGGAAAAAUAAAAUGGAAAAGCUUUGGUUUUAUUUACAGUGAAA